GUGAAUUAGAGCUAGCAAACUUAUUCUCAUGUGCUUCUUCAUUAUCAAUUGAUAAAGAUAAUAUAUCUAAUAUAACACAAAUUGAGCAAGAUAUUUUAACUUGUGAAGAAGAUACAAAUCAGUUAAUUGAAGAUAAUUUAUAUAAUAAUUCUUAUUCUAAUUUAUUAGUAGAUGCAUUGAAUGACUUUUUUGAUAGUUUAGAUGAAGAAAUUCCAACUGAAGAUAUUUUAAAUGAAAAUGAUAUUAUAGAUAAAAAAGAUAGUUUAAAUUAUUCUGAUGAUUCUGAAGAGAAACCUGAAUUAGUAUUAUUGAAUAAUGCAAGUAAAUCAUUGCAAACGUGGGUAGCUUUUUUUGAGCAACAACAAUCCGAUGAGUUCAAAAAAGAAGAUUUAUAUAUUUUUAAAAAAUAUCUUAAAAUAGUCAAGAAGCUUGAAUUCCAAGCCAAAAAGCAGAUCGCAAUAACUGACUUCUUUACUUAUAAAGAUUAA